UGCGGCAGCGGAGGCGCCCGGCCCCUGGUGCGCUGGAAAAGUGCCUCUCCUAGACGGAGCCUCCCUGCCGCCUUCAGCAGGCGCCACCCAGAAAGCUUUGGAGAGGUUGUUCAAGAAGGCGAGAGGAUGACGACGUCACCUCCCCAAGGCUGCGGCAGCAUCGGUGCUGACUACCACCUGCUCUGUGACACAGAGAAGGCCUGGGGGAUUGUCCUGGAGUCGCUGGCUGCAGCAGGCAUCCUCAUCACCAUUUUCCUCAUCUGCUCGCUCUUCUUCCUCAUCUGCAAAGUCCAAGACAACAGCAAGCGGCACAUGAUCUCCGUCUAUUUUUUCUUUCUUUUAGGCACACUCGGCGUUUUUGGUCUCACUUUUGCCUUCAUCAUUAAACUCAAUGACAGGACUCGUCCCACUCGCUUCUUCCUAUUUGGAGUCAUCUUUGCCCUCUGCUUCUCGUGCCUCCUCACCCACGCCUGCAACCUCAACAAACUAGUGAGAGGAAGAAAGCCCUUCUCCUGGCGGGUGCUGCUGCUCUUCAUUGUUUCCUUUGCCCUGGUACAAGUUGUGAUCAACAUUGAGUACUUAGUCACCAUGUUAGUAAACCAGAGAGAGGAAUUCCUGAGUAUGGCUCGGGAGAGUACCAACAAGGACUUUGUCAUGCUUCUGAUCUACGUGCUCUUCCUGAUGGCUCUGACCUUCUUGGUUUCCAUGUUCACGUUCUGUGGGUCGUAUAAAAGCUGGAAGAGGCACGGGGCGCACAUCUUUGUCACUGUCCUGUUCUCCAUUGCCAUUUGGAUAGUGUGGAUCACUAUGCUCAUAAAAGGCAACACGGUUUUAGGCAAAGAAAUGUGGGAUGAUCCUGUUGUAGCCAUUGCUCUGGUGUCCAAUGGCUGGAUUUUCCUGAUAAUGUAUAUUGUCCCCGAAAUUUGUUUCCUCACUGCUCCUCUGAAGCUGGAGGACUACCCUCCAGAAAAUGACUUUUGCCAACCCAGGUUCAUAAAGCAGGCAACUGGAGUGGACAACCGUGCCUACACCCAGGAUGAAAUUGUGCAAGGAGACCUCAACUACUCCCCAUACGCUUCUCACUUUCAGAUGAAGGCCAUUGAACCCCAGAAUGAUUUCUCCAUCCCUCGCCCCAAGGCCCGGACAAGCCCUUACCAUGACUACACUGGUGGGAAAAGCCCCAUGUAGCAGCUCCACAGUGAGCAGAGACUAAGUGUCCCUCAGCAGAGGCAUGGGGCCACGUGGUGACAAGUGAGAUGAUCCUGCAGGAGAGUCAACCCACACCAGCAAAAAGGGAGAGAGAGAUCCUCUUUCCCCCACACAGGCACCUUUUUAGCUCCCUGUUAUUCUUCAAACAUAGCUUUCAGACACAGCCCUGGCCAUCCUAUCCCUGCUCACUCUGUCUCCAUGGAAUGAAGCUCCUCUCUUCUGACGGACGAGCAUCCUGGCCUGUUUUCAGCAGGAAUGCUGGAGAAGCAGGGGGAUCAUCAGCUGGGUCUGUGACUGGCUUGGCCCCAGACAGGACUUGCUUUAAUCAGCUCAUGGGGAUGCCUGCAUCCCCCAUGUGAUGGGAGAAGAGGAAGGACCAGGAGCAUCAGCCCUACACAUUCCUUCCUCCUGCCCACCCACAAAGACAUCUCAGGUACUACUGAGGACAUUUUAUCUAUCCACUGUUAUUUUGUGCUCACUCCCAGCCCUGCCUGGCUGUCCUCCAGAGACCAGUGGAGAAGAGAGAGAAAGAGCAUUCCUUUUUUCAUCUUCAUAUUUGCUUCCAGCACCUUCCUCAUCAUCUAGGGACCAUGCUGGAGAUGGGGAAGAAAACUUAAAGACAUAAAACCAUCUACACCAAUUUACCCUGACAAUCCAUGUUCUAACAUCUUCCUUUCCAGCUCUGGCUUCUACCCUUGUGCCCCAGCUGAGCUCCCCAAGAUGCCUGCCCCCCUGCAAACUCUGCUUCCAUACCCUGGCCACUCCAGGCUGGGAUCCCCAAAGACAAAGCCUCUUCCAUGUGGCUCCUUGCAACACCCUGGUGGGAUAUAAUCCUGUGAGCCCUGGGUUUCGGCCUCUUCCUGAGCGUGUCUGUGACAUUAGCACAAACAUUUCCCAAGCAGCCAGGUUACAGAGGGCAGACCCUCUUCCUCCCAGGCAUGAGUGAGCAAAAGUGUGUGUGUGUGUGUGUGGUGUGUGGACUGCACCCUGGUGAUGAGCAAUGAGUCUGCAGAGCUGAAUCAUUCUGUAACCUGCUUUGCAUUUGAUAAAUGGCUUUCCAUGGUAUUUCAUGUAUAACUACAGAGAGCUCUCCAAGUGGGUGUGUGUGGUACACUGGCGUCUGCCACAGCUGUAUAUUUAUUUAGUACUUUGUAUAUGGACUGUUUAAUUAAUAAAACCCCAAACUGCCUGACUAUGAGAAACUGGUGUUCUUCCUUGGGAAUGUGAUUCCUGUAAUGGCUGGUGGGGUGACAAUAGCUCUCCAUGGGUUGGAGUGGGCCACCUGGGAGGUUGCACUUGGGGAAGAAUGGCAGAGAGAUGCUUCUUUGAAGCUGUAAUUGUGGAGCUUUUCAGCUUGAGGGCGCAGAAGAAGUGUUAGUAGCUUCUUUUUUGAAUAAAGUUGAUUCAAUGUUAGGGGUGCUUAAGAAAUGAGGAAAUAUAAAUCCAAGCCACAACAAGCAAAUGCCAGAGGAAAGAUGUGGACUUUUCAUCACUGUACAUGCCUGUAUCUGCUGAGUCAAUACUCCUGUAUUUCUUCACUUGUCUCUU